CUCGCCCACGCUUCUUCCGGCUUCCCCAGCCUGGCGGCGGAUUCGUCGCGAUCGGCCCGCGGGACCGGCCUCGCAGGCUCGAAAAAUUCAGCAGCAGCUCUGCCAGCGCGCGGGGAGCUCGUGCUCCGCGCUCUCAGUCUCUAGUCCGCGGACCGCUUGCGGAACUGGGCCUCGGCGACCGUGGCGAAUCGGCGCGGGGCGGCAGCGGCGGGGCGGGCCUUGAGCACACCCUGGGGACUCCGAGAUCGAGCGGGAUGGACCCAGCGCGCUCUGCAGUCCGGCUGACUGUGCGGGAAGCGAUUCACACCCUUUCCUCUUGUGAGGAUGGCGGCCGCGUCCUCUCCACCUUGGGGUCCCUGAGACGGUAUCUCAGCGGAGCGGAGAACCCAGCCCUUCCCGGGGAGCAGGAGGAGUUCGCCAGGGUGCACUUUUCCGCCCUCCUCAGGUGUCUAGUGGGCAGGCUGAGCCCAGGCUGGCUGGGGCUUCUGCCCGACGGCCAGGCGGAGGAGCUGUGGGCCAGCUUCUUCCUGGAGGGCCCGGCUGACCAGGCCUUCCUGGUGCUGAUGGAGUCCAUCGAGGGUGCCGCCGGCCCGAGCUUCCGUCUGAUGAAGAUGGCACAGCUCCUGGCCAGGUUCCUGAGCGCGGGCAGGAUGGCCGCUGUGAUGGAGGGCCAGUGUCGCCAGGUGACGGAGCCGGCGUCCCCGCUGCUCCAGGAGACGCUCCUCGCCAAGGUGGUGGGCUUGCCCGACUGCCUGGGCAACCGUCUGCAGCGGGAGAACCUGGACGCGUUCCUCCCCCAGAAUUACUUCCCUCUGCUCGGCGAGGAGAUGAUGCGGGCGCUGCAGGCGGUGGUGGACUCCCUCCGAGGUGGCUGGGACUGCUCCGUCUCCUUCCUGUCGCAGGUGCUCGGGAAAGCCUGUGUCCGCGGGAGGCAGAAGGAGAUGCUGGGCGUGCUGGUGCCGCGGCUGACGGCGCUCACCCAGGGCAGCUGCCUCUGGCAGCGGGUCUGCUGGCGCCUGGUGGAGCGUGUGCCCGACCGGGCGGUGGAGGCGCUGCUGACGGGACUGGUGGAGGUCGCCGCGGGGCCUGAAGUCCUCUCACGGCUGCUGGGGAACCUGGUGAUGAAAAAUAAGAAGGCCCAGUUCGUGAUGACCCGGAAACUUCUGUUCCUACAGUACCAGUACUCGACGCCCAUGCUGCAGAGCCUGCUGGGGUACCUGGCCACGGACAGCCAACGGCGCCCGCUCCUCGUACAGGCACUGAAGGGGCUCCUGGAGACGUGGGGCAGCUGCAGUGCCGUCCGCCACGCCCCUCUGGCGCAGCAGCGCUACGUUAGCAAGGCCGUCCUCAUCUGCUUGGCGCUCCUGGGGGAGGCGGAGCUCCAGGACAGCCGAGACGAGCUGCUGACUAGCCUGAUGGCGGGGGUGAAGAGUCGCCUGGACAGCAGCCUGCCCGUUGUGCGCCGUCUGGGCAUGAUCGUGGCCGAGGUGGCCAGCGCCCGGCUCCACCCUGAGGGGCCACCCCUGAAGUUCCAGUACGAGGAAGAUGAGCUGAGCCGUGAGAUGCUGGCCCUGGCAGCCCCCUGGCCUGCGGCCGACAGCCCCUUGGAGGCGAGCCCUGCCGUCACUCCAGAGGCUGCAGAGCCCCCCGGCAGUGGGAGCGUGGACGGUGGCGUCCCCCAGGCCCUGCCGGAAGGCUCAGGCUCUGACCUGGACAGUGACGAUGAGCUUGUCCCCUAUGACAUGUCGGGGGACCAAGAGCUAAAGAAGAGCAAGGCACCCACCUACGUUCGGGACUGCGUGGAAGCCCUGACCUCGUCCGAGGAUUGGGAGCGCUGGGAGGCGGCCCUGCGGGCCCUCGAGGCGUUGGUCAUCAGGAACCCGGCUGCUGCACGCGAGGUGAGUGUGGAGCUGGCCAAGGUGCUGCUGCACCUGGAGGAGAAGACGAGCGUGGAGGGCUUUGAGGGGCUGCGCCAGAGAGCCCUUGUGGCCGUCGUGGUCACAGACCCGGCCCCGGUAGCAGAGUACCUGACCUCGCAAUUCUACGCCCUCAACUUCAGCCUCCGACAGCGCAUGGACAUUCUGGAUGUCCUGACUCUGGCCGCCCAGGAGCUGUCUCGGCCUGGCCGCGCGCCCAAGGCCCCCCAGUGCGACCCCCGGGGCCCCGCCCCCCCGCCCGGCAGCGCCGUGGCUCCCGCCUGGCGCGCGGUCGUGGAGGAGCGGAUCAGAAACAAGACCCGGCGGUUCUCGCAGGGCUCUGCCAGGCGGGGACGGGACGCUCGCGCCAACCAGUUCAGCUCGGUGGCUGGCUACUUCUUCUUCCCACUCAUUCAGCACUUUGACAGACCGCUGGUGACCUUCGACCUUUUGGGAGAAGACCAGCUGGUUCUCGGGAGAUUGGCCCACACCUUGGGGGCCCUGAUGUACCUGGCUGUGAACACCACGGUGGCUGUGACCAUGGGCAAGGCCCUCCUGGAGUUCGUGUGGACCCUUCGCUUCCACAGUGACGCCUACGUGCGCCGGGGCCUGCUGUCCGCGGUCUCCUCCGUCCUCCUCAGUGUUCCGGCUGAGCGACUGCUGGCAGACCUGCCAGACGAGCUGCUGGAAACCCGAUCCUGGCUGGCGGGUGAGUGCCAGGCCCCCAGCUGCAUGGGUGAGGCGGGUGGUUGGAGGCUGGUGCAGUGGCCAUCGGGGCACGGGGCGGUGCAGAGGCCCCAGGACCGUCACAUCCCCCCCGUCUGUGCACGAAAUGGUCCCUGGUGGGGGGGUGGGGACUCAGCUGUUCUUGAGUCACUUUGGGGAGGUCCUGGAGGACCCAAGAGAAGGUGCCCCGAUGUGGGAGACGGUGUGUUUGUUCUGGAAAAUUCUGUAUCUUCUGUAAGGUCACAAGAGCCAUGCAGGAGGCACGUUACCUCACCAGACUUGCCAACUAACUUGGAUAAGCUUUCCUCCCUGCACCCUCCACCCCACCCCUCGCCACAGUGUUCUCUUUGAAGAGUCUGUUGGAGCACACGUGACCUCCUGCCCGUAGGCACCUGUGUUGCCCACCCACCGGUGUCCACCCGGGGCUCCAGGCCGGGAGUAGACACUCUGACGUGGCACCACACUCGGGGGCCCGGGGUUCAGGCGGGGCCCCUCUUGUCGCGUCAGUUAGUUUGCAGAGCACCCUUGGGCUUUGUCCGAUCACGCGUGUCCGGUCGGCUCCAGGUCCUCGGGCCCCGUGCCACAGGCGUGUGGCGUCCUGCUUCCCGGGACCGGUGGCCUCCCCGCGGAGACGAUGGUGUCCGCUCCAUCCCGCUGCCUCCCUGUCGCCGGCCGCUGGCUGGGCGCCCAGCCCCAGGGAGAGUGGGGUGCUGCCCCCGCACACGGCCAGGCCCCACCAGGCCCUGUGGGGGCUUGUGUGGGAUGACUCCCUAAGAGCAAAUGAGGGCUGGCCUGCCCGGCUGUGGGCGCCGCCGAUGUCCUGCUCUAUUUUCGUCUUUGGCAGAUGUGGCUGACCGGGAUGCGGACGAGGACUGCAGGAUGCUGGCUGUGAAAGCCCUGCUGCUUCUGGAGAAACUCAGAGACCGACUGCUCCCCCUCGCUUCUCCUUAGUUCUCACUGGAGAGGGAGGCCCGCCCCGGCAGCAGCCCGCGGGAGGGCCUCUGGCCCUGCGUCCACAGACAGGGCCACCUGAACAUGGCGGGGGGGGGGUCCCGAGGAGGGAGGGAGCCGCUGGGGCCCCUAUGGGCUGAUUCUCGGCCUGUCCCCAAGCCCGUUCCUCACGUGAACACAGGCUUUGAAAAGCAGCAAAGUGGAAGAAUAAAAAGGAGCCAGAGGUGUUCAAACCCA